AUGAGCUAACUGAAGCAUAGAAUUACCUGCAUAAUGAUCUAUAAUACCCGAAGUCUUAAGAUUUCCCAACAUGUAAUUUAUCUGAAAACACCUUUGUUUUACCUUGUAAUAGGCAACAUAAACCAAAAUUUUAGGAAAAGGAAUGAAACACAUUGACUUGUCCCCAACUAAGGGUGUUUUGCUCCGCAUACAUUAGAGGUGCAAAUCCCAAAUUACUCAAUUAAGGGUAAUGCAAAUGGCAAAUUAGGAAUUCCACAGGUCAACUGGUGUGGGAGAAAUAAAGUCCCUUGGGACCCUGGACGACUCAAAUCUUUCCACAGGGUCCCAGCUUGACUAGUAGUGAUGUUAUGUUCCACGUCUAAUUACCUUAAAUACCAGCACUAUUUUUAUAGGACCACCAAAUAACUAAGAGAUCCUACUCAUUUAAGCACCACCAGUGGGGUGCCUCAUCCACCUCCCAAUUCCACCACAAAACAGCCGGAAACCGCCACACUGAUGGCCCACACUGUCUUCCAAACUCACCUAUCCUUUUUGUCAGUUAUCACUCUGAUCCUUCUUGUCCAAGCAAGACUCAACCUUUACUCACCCGAUCACAGUGCUCUUUUGCUUGCCCAAAAAGGCUUAGGCAUCUCUGAUAAACACAACGAUCUUGAGAACCCAUGUAACUCUGUUGGAAUAUCAUGUGAACGUCGACUCGCGAACAAUUCAUACGUACUAAGAGUCACCAGGGUCGUUUACAAAUCUUAUGGGCUGAAGGGUAUUCUGUCUCCUGCCAUUGGCAGGCUUUCUGAGCUCAAAGAACUGUCCCUCCAAAACAAUGAACUCUUUGACAGAAUACCAACUCAAAUUGUUGACUCCAGGAAACUGGAAAUCUUGAACCUCCAAAACAACCAAUUUUCUGGCAAAGUCCCAUCUGAAUUAUCAUCUCUAGUCCGCCUUCGUAUCCUUGACCUUGGCUCUAAUGAGUUAUCUGGGAACCUGAACUUCUUGACAUACUUUCCUAACCUUGAAAAACUAUCCCUUGCUGAUAAUAUGUUCACUGGCAAAAUACCUCAAUCAUUGAAAUCUUUCAGAAAUCUCCAGCUGCUAAACAUUUCAGGGAAUAGUUUCCUUGAAGGUCCGGUGCCUAUCAUGAGUCAAGUUGAACACUUAUCAGCAGACUUGAAUCGAAAAGAUUAUGUUCCUAAGCGUUACAUACUUGCUGAGAACGCACGAAGGCAUAGUCAUGGUCACGCAAUGGCACCACAAUCCAAUUCAGGAUAUGCCCAAGAUCCAGGACCUAGUACAGUUGUAGUACCAGUAAGGCACAAACAUAACAAGAUCAAAAGAAGGGUAGGCUCCUGGUUUCUUGGAUUCUUCGCUGGAGCUUUCGCUGGGGGCUUAACUGCGUUGGUCUUAGCCGUGCUCUUCAAGGUGCUUAUGUCUAUAAUCAGAGGGAGAAGUUAUGAUUCAGGCUUAACAAUUUUCAGUCCAUUAAUUAAGAAAGCCGAGGACUUGGCCUUUCUGGAGAAUGAAAACGGAUUUGAAUCACUAGAACUCAUUGGGGAAGGUGGAUGUGGAAAAGUUUAUAAAGCUGAGUUACCUGGAAGUAACGGAAAGAUUAUUGCUGUAAAGAAGAUCAUGCAACCCCCAAGGGAUGCUGCAGAACUCACCGAGGAAGAUAGCAAGGCUAUGCAUAAGAAAAUGCGCCAGAUUAAAUCAGAAAUCAAAAUUGUAGGUCAAAUCAGACACCGGAACUUGCUUCCCCUUCUGGCACAUAUGCCAAGACCAGACUGCCAUUACUUGGUCUAUGAGUACAUGAAAAAUGGGAGCUUACAGGAUAUCCUCCAGCAAGUCAGAGAGGGGACACGGGAGCUAGAUUGGCCGGCACGUCACCGAAUUGCAAUGGGAAUAGCUGCUGGACUCGAGUAUCUCCAUAUAAAUCAUACUCAGCGUAUAAUUCAUAGAGAUCUAAAGCCAGGAAAUGUCCUCCUUGAUGAUGACUUGGAAGGUCGAAUUGCGGACUUUGGCCUUGCAAAGGCUGUCCCAGAUGCUCAUACACAUAUUACAACUUCAAAUGUGGCAGGAACUAUAGGAUACAUCGCUCCAGAAUAUUAUCAGACACUGAAGUUCACAGAUAAGUGCGACAUAUACAGCUUCGGGGUGCUGCUAGGCGUGCUAGUUAUGGGAAAGCUUCCGUCAGAUGAGUUCUUCCAGACCACUUCUGAGAUGAGUUUAGUGAAAUGGAUGAGAAAUGUCAUGACUUCUGAGGAUCCAAAUAGAGCAAUUGAUCCAAAACUGAUGGGUAAUGGAAAUGAGGAGCAAAUGCUUUUGGUUCUCAAGAUUGCUUGCUUUUGUACCCUGGAGAAUCCAAAGGAGAGGCCUAACAGUAAGGAGGUUAGGUGCAUGUUGAUGCAGAUCAAGCAUUGAGUACGUAGUGGAUAACUUACAGUAAAUAAAAGUUGGUCAUGUAACUAAGAUAGUAUUCUUGUGUUAGACUUUCCUUGUGUAUUCUGUUACAUCUCCAAUACGAGAGACUGUCCUUGUGUACUCUGUUACGUCUCCAAUAUGAGAGACUGUCCUUGUGUUUUUUGUUACAUCUCUAAAAUGAGAAGUUUAUAUUUAGCAGUA